AUGGCUAUGAGUCGUAGAGAUCCUCUUGUGGUGGGAAGCGUUGUUGGAGAUGUUCUUGAUCCUUUCACCAGAUUGGUCUCUCUUAGGGUCACUUAUGGCCAAAGAGAUGUUACUAAUGGCUUGGAUCUUAGGUCUUCUCAAGUUUUGAACAAACCUAUGGUGGAGGUUGGAGGAGAAGACCUCAGAAAAUUCUACACUUUGGUUAUGGUGGAUCCAGAUGUGCCGAGUCCAAGCAACCCUCACCUCCGAGAAUAUCUCCAUUGGUUGGUGACUGAUAUACCUGCCACAACUGGAACAGCCUUUGGUAAUGAGCUUGUGUGUUACGAGUGUCCACGUCCCCCAUCGGGAAUCCACCGUAUGGUGUUGAUAUUGUUCCGGCAACUCGGAAGACAAACAGUCUAUGCACCAGGGUGGCGUCAACAGUUCACCACUCGUGAGUUUGCUGAGAUAUACAAUCUUGGUCUCCCUGUGGCUGCCACUUACUUCAACUGCCAAAGGGAGAACGGCUGUGGAGGAAGAAGAACGUAG